GUGGAGCCAGCAAGCAGGACCCAGGACAGCCACACGGAUAGGUAGUUCAGAGGAGUAAAAGCCGGCACGGCGCUUGGUGGAUUCAAGUUCUGAUUGAGGUUCGCUACUUGACAGCAGGAAUGGGGCAAGGUGUGGGUGGUUGACUGACAGGGAGACGGACCAAUCACUUGUCAGGAUGCUGGCUCGGAACCGCUUCAUCCUCCUGGUGGUGGUGGGGGCGGUGCUGGCCAUCGUGAGUCUCAGCCUCCAAUUCUUGCACCUAAUCCCCACUACGCCCAUGGGUGAGGAGCGCUCCCCCCAGGAUCAGGGUCAAGUUCAGGGCCAGGGGAAGAGCAGGAAGAGAGUGAUCCCUGUCUCUCCCACAGAGGAUCCUGAUCCAGACCCCAUCACUGAGGCUUAUGGCUACUGCAACACCCCCGAUCGCUCUGAACAGGCCUGGGAGGGACACAGCCCUGUGGACUACAAGCUGCUGUCUGUCCAGGUGAUGAUUCGCCAUGGCGACCGUUACCCCCUUUACGCCAUCCCCAAAACCAAGCGGCCUGCCAUCGACUGCACCCUGUCCCCAAAGAGGAAGCCCUCCCACCCCCAGCUAAAAUCUUUCAUUGGUCACAUGGCCCAGGGGGGGCAUGGCCGCUGGGAGGGGACUCUCAGCUCGUUGCCCCGUCUCCCUAACCACAGCGCUUGUGAGAUGGGCGAGCUCACUCAGACAGGUGUAGUGCAGCAUUUACGCAAUGGCCAGCUCCUUCGCCAAGCCUACAAGCGCCACAAACUCCUCCCGCCCGAUUGGUCGACCAAGCAAGUAUGGGUGGAGACUACGAGCAGGAGCCGCACCCUCCAGAGCGGGAUGGCUCUUCUGUAUGGGUUCCUGCCAGACUUUGACUGGAGCCUUCUGACAGUCCACCACCAGUGGAGCACGUUGUUCUGUGGUUCAGCCUGCGACUGUCCUGCUAGGAACCCCUAUCUGGAGGAGGAGCAGAGGAGACAGUACCGCCUCAGAGCGGCAGACACUGAACUGGAGAGGACCUACGCAGACAUGGCCCGUACGCUAGGUCUGCCCCCGCGCCAGCUCAGAGCUGCCAACCCUAUAGACUCUCUGCUGUGCCACCUGUGCCACGGCCUGUCCUUCCCCUGUGUGUCAGCAGGGAGUGCUCUCGGCAGUGGGGGCUGUCUGACUCUGGCACAGUUCGCUGUGAUCCGGAGGCAGCAGUUAGAGGACGAGGUGGACAGGAGGAGGGUGGGACUGUAUCGCCGCUACGCCGUGCUCGCCAUGCACCCCUACCUCAACCGCACCGCCAACAGGUUGGAGCGCGUCGCCAAGGCCUACGCUCCGGGCCGAAAACCCCGCGCUGGAGAGGAGGUGUUCACCCUGUCCUCGGCUCACGACGUCACCGUGGCGCCGUUACUAAGCGCCCUGGGCUUGGAGGAGGCAUUGUUCCCGAGGUUUGCAGCAAGGGUUGUGUUUGAGUUGUGGAAGAGUCCGCACGCAACGCAGGGACCACGUAAGGGGCAACGACAGAGUCAGAAUAAAGCUUCUGGGGUGAAAGGGGAGAGGUCAAAAGGUGGUAACAUGUUUCUGAGGGUUCUGUACAACGGAGAGGACGUAACAUUCCAUACCACCUUCUGUCGCUCACAUGACCGCCAUGCCACACAACCGCUAUGCCCCCUAGGUAACUUUCUGUCUUUCGUCAGGAAAGACAUGUUCGGUGUCCUCAACGCCACGUCCUACCACGACGCUUGCUACCGACGGACAGGCUGACUGACAGAGGGAUGGAGAGAAAAAAGGAGGAGGGGAAGUGAGUCAUUUAGCUGAUUUUGGAAUUUGUUAAUAGCUCUUUUCCCACUUUGAUGGUCUAUUGAACUAUUUUAAUGUCUUAAAACUUUGACAUUUCUCUAAAGUCAAAAAACAUUCCUAGAAAGCAUAGAUACUGAUCAUACAUGUCAGGCACACAAACACACUGCAAAAAUACACAUUUUCACCAACAAAUUCCUAUACACAAACACUACAUACACACUCUUCAUGCCUUCUUGAUCAGAUGUAUUUGUCAAUGAAGUUGGACUUCUAAAUUGACAGCCUUGUGGUGUUGACAAUCACACUCGGAUACUUAACCUGCAAAUAUACACAUUUGAACGUUGACCUUUCUACCAUUU